AUGCAGCCAGCGAUCACCCGCACCUGCCGUGAGAUUCGGAAGGAGGCUCUGCCUCUCCUCUACGCCACUGGUACCUUCACUAUCUAUGGGCAGUUAGGAAAAGACUUCCCGCAAGCACCUCGCAUUCCAGAAUCGCUAUUUGACUGGUUCAAGGUCAUCGGCGAUAACAUUAACCACUUGGAAGAGAUCACCCUUGUCCUAACGGUGUCUCACGGUGGCAACAGUGAGAUGUGCCUCUGCCUCAAGCUCAGAAUCAAGAACGGAGUCAUGGAUGUCGCUGCGACCUGUCUCAUGCGACUUGAUGAACAGUCCACCACGAAGCAAGAAUUCUGGUCCAACGGGAAUAUGGACCUCAUUGCUCAAAUGCAUGAGUCUGAUGUAUCGAAAGCUUUGUUCAGUAGGUCAAACAGGCUCAAAGCGCGGACUCCAGGGUUCGCAGCACAUGAGUGGGUGUCGGUCAUCGAAAGGGUGAAGAGAGGCUUGGUGAAGCUGGACAUGGAAAAGUUCUGCGAUGGAAUCCAUAGGAUGGGUCACCCUGGGCGUAGGCCUCGACCAUAUGUACCCUGA